AGUUGACACUUGACACUUGAUCGCGAGCACCUAGCAUAUAUUGAGCCUUAGGUCCACUUCACACAUCAAAGGCAUUUACCAAUACAAGUGGCGUGGAAGAAUCGAAAUCAUAAAAUUGUGAUUUAAAAAUUCAAAGUUUGAAAGUUUAGCGACCUUAGGGUUACAGUUUUUCUCUCGAAUCUCGCCUGACAAAAAUUUGUUCAACCAUAAACACAAUCGGACGUUUAAGUUAAAUUGUAGCACGGAAAAUCGUGGGAAACACCUACGUUAACUUGCUUUCAUCUACAUGCUAAGUGCAGAAAGGGUAGUUGCUCUUCACCUGCAGUGAAAUCUCUUUUGCUUUCUGUUCAAAAAGCAUAAAAAAUAACAUCUUGGAUCUUUAAAAUGGAGCAAGAAGUCCAAGCUCAAAUUUUGUCUGGUGGAGAAGGGAACAACUCGAAUGAUUGUAUUUCAAGUAAAGAAACAUCUAGCAACAAGCCUCAACUAGCACAAAAAGAAGAUCACAUUGAAGAAGAGUGCGAUGAAAUUGGACCAAGAAAUCAGAGCAUUUACACCCCAUCACUGAAAAAUCAGGCUACCAAAACUGCUAAGCAAACCAAACUUGCCGAAAGAAACAAGCUGAUUCAAGAAUGGUGUUUGUAUGAUGGUUUCAACUUCAUCCUUAUCAAGAUGACAGAUGCAUUGAUUAGGUGCGGAGCAAAUCCCAAAAUCAAACCAUGUGUACACCAACUGUGGGCUGCAUACUUGGCCAGAAUUAACAUUGCGUAUUGUGAAUCCCCUUCUUCAGCUCCAGUUAACAAAGAACAAGAGGAAGAAGCAAUCAUCAAUGAGGAAGAAUCAAUAUUGCCAAACUGGUUUUCUCAAACUACUGACCAAGGAUCACAGGAAGGAAGUAAGAAAAAUGAUGAACCCAAGGAUUUACUGUUUGCCCCCAAGAAAAUGGCCAUCACAUGUAGGACCUACUAUAGAAAGAAAGAUUUGUUGGUCGACACCCCCGAUGAGGUAUUGUCAAUGGCUGAAAAGCGCUUGAAAAGACGGAAAAUCAAGAGUUCCUUCAUGAAACUGGCGCUUAGCGGAGCAGACACAGACAUAGAACUGGCGGAAUCACUGAAGGAAGCUAAGGCUAAUGCACAAAGGAGGACAAACGUUUACCAAUUACCUCGCAUGUACACCAUGAAACACGCAGUUCCUGAAUGCUUUCCUGAAGGUGAACUUUAUACUGAUCUCCUUCGAGCGAAAAAAACGAAAGACUAUACAGCCCCCAAAACAACUUAUACCGAUCCCGAAUAUAUGACGCUGCAUAAACUUUUGUCGUUCCUUCACGCCGCCCUUCUCAUGAAAGGUGAAGUAAUAUGCUACGGCGACAUAACAAGAUGGGUACGUGAAGGCCACAUACCAUUAUACGCAGCUCAUCGGCUUUUACCAUCUACGAUGCCACUUAGUAGGACGGAUUCGUUGAUAUUGGGAGGUCUUUCAGCUAGUCGAUCUGAUGGGGCGCCAGCCUCGAGAAUUUUUCGCCAAAAUACAGCCCGGCUUUUAACAAUAUUAAAUGUUCCGUUAGUGCCAAAGCCUCCAGCUUAUUUGUUGGCAUCUAAAGUCAUACGUGAUCUGCAGUUACCUGAUGAACUAAUUGUAUUUGUAAGACAUUUUGAUAAGCUUGUUUCACAAAAUAAUCUUGACGAAUGGAAGCUGUCUCCAUUUGGCAAUAGGGUUGACCGUCAGAGCAUUUACGCCGCCACCUUGGUUCUCGUCGCAAUAAAGUUCGUCAUGGGUCUAGAUGGAACAACGGAGUACAAAAUAUCCGAUUUCGCCGCAAAAUACAACGAGUUACUGAAAUUAAAACCGUCCUCCGGCUUCUCUCGUAGACAAGCCUCCGCGGAAAAUGAAAUUACCGUCGACGGAAGCCACCAGCGUUCCGACGGCAAACCCUUAUUUGUGUGGAGAGAAUGGGUUCGUUUCAUCGAAUACCGACGUGUCGCCAUUGAACGCACUCAUGUUCCUACUGCAAUCCGGAAAGAACUAUUGGACAGAAUGGAUCCUGAAUACAUCCUUCGUUAUGCCGAAAACGAAGGUUUCUUGUUCUGCAAUAGCAGUACUGAGGAGCCAUCGGAAAAAGAAAAAGUCCUUUUAUCUUUUAUAGAGAAACUUUCUGAAAACUACCCAAAACCGUUCACGCCAACGAAAAGAAUUCCGAGCUUUCAUCCGUCUCUGCUGGGCAGCCAUGGUUUGGCAGAGCAAUUGAUUGAAUUCGACGAAUCGAAGUAUGGUCUACUUAAGCAAGAUUUUUCCUCGUCAUCGUUGGUGUUCGCACGGAAUCCAAGAGUUUUAGCAAGCGCUCUUAAGAAGGCCAAUCCUCCUCAUAGUCUGAAAAUACAGAAAGGUCCUGCCUAUAAAGAGGCCAGAUUAACGACGCCCUUUAUCAACUCUCGUUGCGCAGUCCAGAAGAAUGCAUCGCGAACUCCAUACAGCGAGACAAAUCGUUACGGUUAUAAAAUGUUGGAGUUAAAUCCAGAAAUUGUACCUGUUCCCGCCAUGUCUGACGAAGAAGGCGAAGAUGAUGACGACAAUUUUACUCAGCCAGAGCCUAGUCUUCUACUAUUCCAACCAUCUUCUGUUUAUUGGACAACCUCGGCUAUAGCUAAACUUAUGUCAUUCAACGAAUGGGAUUUAUUUUCUGCUGGGUUGCCGACCACAUUUGUGUGGAUGCUGAAGCUUAUUUGCGAAAGCAUUGAAGAAAGCCCAAGAGAUUUUUAUAUUCCGUUUAAUUAUGUUGAGACUCUGAUAAUGUUUAGAAAUACGGAGCUGAAACACACCCUUUCAGAUUGUAAAACCAUGAAACGCCGGCUGGUUGGGGCAUUGAGGACAGACAUUUAGCUGAAGAAAUAUUGUAUCAUAAGAGUAUAUGCUGUGUCGAUCAGUCACCUCCCACGUUUGUGGUAUUCACAUAUCAAAAUUUUUCAACACAGAGCUGGAACUCACUCAAUUCCGCCACUGUUCUAGCUAGUUGUAUGUGCCAAUCAGGUUGCUUGAUGUUGCACUUCAGCGAGAUGGAAUACAUGUUUCGGAAAUUCUCA